GAGCUAGUGAGAAGGGAAGCUUGUGUUCUCAGCAGUUAGGUCAUCUUGCCUACGUUAUCUCUGCAUUUUCAUUUGUUUGGUAUUUCCUGAGAUCUUGAUCUUGCCAGAAAGCACCCGGCAAAAGUUCUGGGCAGGAUAUUCGACAUGAAGCCAGUGACUUCCCAUGCAGAGUGGCGAAACUUCCUAAGAACAAAAACCGGAACAGGUACCGGGAUGUCAGCCCCUUUGAUCACAGUCGGAUUAAAUUGCACCAGGAGGAUAAUGACUACAUCAAUGCCAGUUUGAUAAAAAUGGAGGAAGCCCAGAGGAGCUAUAUUCUCACCCAGGGUCCUUUGCCAAACACAUGUGGGCACUUCUGGGAGAUGGUGUGGGAGCAGAAGAGCCGGGGUGUGGUCAUGCUCAACCGCAUCAUGGAGAAAGGCUCGUUAAAAUGUGCCCAGUAUUGGCCACAAAAAGAAGAGAAAGAGAUGGUCUUUGAUGACACAAAUUUGAAAUUGACACUGAUCUCUGAAGAUGUCAAGUCAUAUUACACAGUGCGACAGCUGGAGUUGGAAAACUUGGCGACCCAGGAGUCUCGGGAGAUCCUGCAUUUCCACUACACCACAUGGCCUGACUUUGGAGUCCCUGAAUCACCUGCCUCCUUCCUCAAUUUCCUUUUCAAAGUCCGAGAGUCAGGCUCACUCAGCUCGGAGCAUGGCCCCAUCGUGGUACACUGCAGUGCUGGCAUCGGCAGGUCGGGGACCUUCUGUCUGGCUGACACCUGCCUCUUGCUGAUGGACAAGAGGAAAGACCCCUCUUCUGUGGAUAUCAAAAAAGUGCUUCUGGAGAUGCGCAGGUUCCGCAUGGGGCUCAUCCAGACAGCCGACCAGCUGCGCUUCUCCUACCUGGCUGUGAUCGAGGGAGCGAAGUUUAUCAUGGGCGACUCCUCAGUGCAGGAUCAGUGGAAGGAGCUCUCCCACGAGGAUCUGGAGCCCCCACCUGAGCAUGUCCCCCCGCCUCCCCGGCCACCGAAACGUAUCCUGGAGCCUCACAAUGGGAAAUGCAAGGAACUCUUCUCCAACCACCAGUGGGUGAGCGAGGAGACGUGUGAGAGUGAAGACAGCCUGGCCAGAGAGGAAGGCAGAGGCCCCUCAAGUGCCAUGCACAGCACGGACAGCAUGAGUCAAGACACUGAAGUUAGAAAACGGAUGGUGGGCGGGGGUCAUCAAGGUGCCCAGGCAUCUGUUCCCACCAAGGAAGAGCUGUCCACAACGGAGGAGGAACAAAAGGCACACUGGCCGACUCACUGGAAGCCCUUCCUGGUCAAUGUGUGCAUGGCCACGGUCCUGGCGACCGGUGCAUACCUCUGCUACCGGCCCGUGUCCAACCAUCUCUGCAUCCUCUGACCAGACGUGGCCACUGCUGAGUAACCAGCGUUGUGUGUGGGGGCAUUGCUGUCCAGUGCAGACACUGCCUCACUCCUGGUAGGACACUCCAGGCUCCCUGGCCUGCCCCACCGAGCCCCACCACACCGCAGACAUUCCAGUCACAGCUCAUUCCCUGGACACUUAGGCAAGCAGGGCCCUUCCACCUCUGGAAUCAGUCCCUCCAUUCCAAGUGCACACUCUUCUGGAGCAAGCCAGGAUUGAAAGACGGCAGCUUGUGGGAAGCACUCUCCUGGGAACAGCCUGGGUGGCAGUCCUUAGAAUCAGCCUGCUGUCAUCACUGGCCCAGGUCACCUUGCCCAGAGGUGUGCCACUCUUGAGCCUGGCAGAGACUGACGAUGGUGCUUAUGACUCUUCCUGUGAGAGUACUUAAGACCUCCACAUUGGGUGGCUUUUUUAAAAUAAGAAGCGAAGGCAGCUGGAACUCCAACUGCCUCUUGCCAGCAUUUCACAUUUUGCCUUUCACCCGGAGAAGCCAGCACAGAGCCACUGGUGGGAAGGAAUGGUGGUGGCCUUGCCCGCAGAGCCUGGGAAGGUGGCACAGCCAGGGUCCAGGCUGGGAGCAGUUAGCUGUGGGCUGUGUCUGUAGUAGUGGGGUGUGUACAGUAGCCUUCUAGGUGGGUGUCCUGGAGAACAGGCACUCUCCGCCCCGUUGCCUGUGUUGGAGGUAGCAAGCUGCUGUAUGCCUUAAGCCAAUAUUUACUCAGCAGGUCGUUUUUGUUUUUGUUUUUGUUUUUUAAUGGCCAUGGAAUAAACCAUUUUUAUAAAAAUAAAAACCAACAACAAAAAAGUGUUCGGGUAUUGUACCUUUGCAGGUGUGUGGGUGGUGCAUGCCCCGGUGGGGGUGUCUCAGGGUCUUCUGUGACCUCACAGAGCUGUUGGACUGCACCGCUUCCAACUUGCUGUGUCACUGAUGGGUCUGCAUUUUAGUUGCAACAAUAAAUGUUUUUAAAGAACA